GCGGGAUGACGUCAGCUGUUUUGCUUUCGGUGGCGGGAUGCGGAUGUUUUGCUCUCGGUUUGGCCGCUUCGCCUGCUUGUGCCCAAGUUAACACAUGUCAGUUCGCCGACUGAAAGAAAGUAGGGCGAGCUCUGAAAUCCCGAGUGGGAGGGAUUCGUGACGUUUGCGUGAAGGUUCGUGGAACAUUGUUGUUGUUGGACAGCUGGAAGUUGUCUAUAGCGCAAUGGAGAGCUCGUUAAUACGAGACAAUCCGCUGCUUUUACCUCUCAACAAGGAGAAAACGGUCUAUGAUGGAUUCAUCACCGUCCAGGAAAGAGACUUCAGAAUAAGAAUACUCCUCCCAGCAGAUCGCCAACUGAAGCGGGCCAGGCUGCACUGCUGCUGGCAGCUAAAGCGCCUGUUACGUGAACACCAGCACAUAGUGAAGCAGAGGCUGCAGCAGUCGGCCGAUCUCGCCGGCUUCCUGUUGGAGUUGAAGACCGUCUUGGAAGUGGCUCUAAACCGUCGUCCCGAGGGCCGCUCGGUCCCGCCUCCUCGAUAUUACUCCCAGCUCAUCUCGGAGAUGGAGACUCUCGGAUGGGAUAAGAUGCUUUCCAUAGACAUGGACUUCCAAACCCUGAAACUGAAGGCCGAGGAUCCCUCCGGAAGGCAGCACGUUCUCACUGUUAAACUCAAGUCAAAGCAUCCAGCAGAGGCUCCUGACUGCUCAGCUGACCUGCCGGUCCCUUUGACCGUCACCUGGACACCGCAGAGUACUCUGGAGCAGCUCCACAGCCAGUUCCUGCUGGUUCUGGAGUCCCUGACAGACUUCUGGGACGUCCUGGAUGAGAUCGACAAGAAGACCUGGGUUCUGGAGCCGGAACGACCCAGCCGUUUAGACACGAUGAGGCGAAUCGCCAUUGGAAACAACGUAUCCAUCAAGGUGGAGGUGGAUCCAAGGCACCCGAAGAUGCUGCCAGAGUGCUGCCUGCUGGGAGCAGAUCAUGUGGUGACGCCGCUGAGGAACAAGCUGAACGCCAACAUGCACAUGUGGAACCCGGACUCCAGCGUCUUGAACAACCUCCGGGAUGUUUUGGAGAUCGAAUUCCCGUCACCGGCCACCCACGAAAAAUCUAGUUUCAACGUGGAGUGCGGCAUCUGUUACUCCUAUCGGCUUGAAGAUGCCAUCCCAGAUCAAGUGUGCAACGACCCCCGCUGUGGCCAGCCAUUCCAUCAGGCCUGUCUCUACGAGUGGCUGCGAGCGCUUCCCUCCAGCAGGCAGAGCUUCAACCUUGUUUUCGGAGAGUGUCCUUACUGCAGCAAGCCCAUCACUGUGAAAAUGGCGGCCCAGAAGUCCUGAGGAGCAACAUGACGAAACAUUGAUCUGAUAUUAGAUUUU